CAAUUCUGAUGUGCCUUUCAAAAAAAAAAGAAGACUCCCAAAAAGUUUUAUUUACAAUCACAAUUUUUCGCAAAAAGUCGCCGUUUUCGGGCUCUGUUCGUGUCCAAAAGUGUCCCCAACCAUGCCCGGAAUGUCCCCGCACGGUUAUCCGAUGGAGUUGGCCACGUAGGCUCGGUGGCCAGCGCGUAAAGUGCGAUGGCAGAUUCGUGAUCUGCGGGAAUUUGCUAGAAUUUCGAUUUCGUACUUGUUGAGUGUGGAGGAGGCAGCAGCCGAAGGUUAUUCGUUUUUUUUGGGUUUUUAGAUUUUCGUUGUGUUUAUUGUGUUGUACAACAUUUUUUUUGCGUAAGAAGAAACGCAAUUGGUGGUAAUCAUCGGAAGGAAAAUCGUGAUUAAUUUGAAGAAAAUUCCUUCGCACAAUCCCUGUUGGCUGUGAGUCAGGACAAAGUUGCACAAACACCCACUUGGAGGAGCAAUACAACAUUUCUCGUGAAAACGGUGCAGGAAAAGUGCCUCAAGGUGGAUUCCGAAAGCAUCUGGGCGCCGCCAUCCGGCAUGAUGGCACCCUUCCGGCGCAAAAAGAGCAACAAAGAGUUCCCGGUCAAAGUGUGCACCUACGACUCGGAGCUCGAGUUCCAUCUGGAGCACCGCGCCACCGGUGGCUUCCUGUUCGAUCUGAUCUGCCGCACGAUCGGGCUGCGCGAGACGUGGUACUUUGGGCUGCGCUACGUCGACAAGAAGGGCUACAAAAGCUGGCUCAAGAUGGACAAAAAGGUGCUCGACCAGCACAUCAACCUGAGCAACCCCGAGGGCUGCGUGUUCAUGUUCAUGGCCAAGUUCUUCCCGGAGAACGUGCAGGAGGAGCUGGUCCAGGAGGUCACGCAGCACAUGUUCUUCCUGCAGAUCAAGGAGGCGAUCCUGUCGAUGGAGGUGUACUGUCCGCCGGAGGCCUCGGUGCUGCUCGCGUCGUACGCCGUCCAGGCCAAGUACGGGGACUACGACGAGGCGGUCUGCAAGCCGGGCAUGCUGAUCAGUGAGAACUUGCUGCCCCAGCGGGUUAUCGACCAGUACCAGAUGACGCCGCAGAUGUGGGAGGAACGCAUCAAGACGUGGUACGCCGACCAUCGGGGAAUGUCGCGGGACGAGGCGGAGAUGGAGUAUUUGAAGAUUGCGCAGGAUCUGGACAUGUUCGGGGUGAACUACUUCCCGAUUACGAACAAGAAAAACACAGAAGUAUACGUUGGCGUAACGGCGCUCGGUCUCAACAUCUACACCAAGGAGAACAAGCUGACCCCGAUGACGACCUUCCCGUGGAACGAAAUCCGCAACAUCAGCUUCGACGGGAAAAAGUUCUUCGUGAAGACGAACGAGGAAAAGGGCAACUCGGUGGCGACCACGUUCUACUCGGAAAAGGCCCGCACAAACAAGGAACUGCUGGACCUGUGCGUCGGCAACCACGAGCUGUACAUGAAGCGACGCAAGCCGGACACGAUGGAGAUCCAGCAGAUGAAAACUCAAGCCAAGGAGGAGAAACACCGGCGACACAUCGAGCGCAACAAGCUGGCCCGCGAGAAGCAACUGCGCGAAGAAGCCGAACAGGAGCGUGCCAACAUGGAGAAAAGACUGAUGCAGCUGCAGGAGGACAUGGCCGCGGCCAACGAGAUGUUACGCCGCAGCGAGGAAGCCGCCGAACUGCUGGCGGAGAAGAACCGCGUCGCCGAGGAGGAAGCCCUGCUCCUGUCGCACAAAGCCCUCGAAGUGGAGCAGGAAAUCAGCCGGAUGCGCUUGACGGCGCGCAAAACCGAAGAGGAGAAAAAUUACCUCGAGCGAAAAACUCAGGAAGCGGAACUCCUGACGGCCCGCAUGAUUGAGGAAAGUCGCAAGCGGGCCAUGGAGGCGGACAAGCUGAAGAACGAGCUGAUCCAUGCACGGGUCGCGGAGAAGGAAGCCAAGGAGAAGCUGCUCAACUUUCUGAGCAGGACGUCGACCGAGUCGAUCUUCAUUACGCCCUCGUCCUCGCCGGAGACGCCGGCGCUCGGCGAGAGCAAUACGUACGACCUGCUGGCGGACGGCGAUAUGGAUCAGCUGUCGCUGGAGAUCGAGAAGGAAAGAGUGGAAUACCUGACCAAGUCGAAGCAGGUGCAGAACCAGCUCAAGGAGCUCCGCUCCGAGAUCGAACAGCUCAAGAUCGGCGAGAGCAGCCCGCUGGACACGAUCAGCGCCCAGCAGAUGCGCCUAGGUGAGACCAAGUACUCCACGCUCAAAAAGCUCAAGUCGGGCUCCACGAAAGCACGGGUAGCGUUCUUUGAGGAAUUAGAGCCGGAGGAAUCGCUAGCGUAAGCGUCAGUUGCGAAGCGGCAACGGGGAAAACAAUACUCAUCAUCAGUGUAGUAUACGGAUACAGAUUUCUUCCCGUCACAGAGCACAGUGCGAAGUGUCAUCUCAGGGUUGCCAAGCUUGAAAAAAAUGUUGUGCCUUUUUACUCCCAGUGAUAGCAACAUUGUGGCAACUCCAUCGUCGAAGCGCGGCGAACAUCAACGGACAGUUUGGAUACGCUUCUUUUUUAAUUAUUUCGGAUAGAAAACGAUUUUAAAAAUUGUGAAUAAAGUUUUUUAACUAAA